GUAUAUAGAUAUUUAUACAUAUUUUGGAACAUAUUUUUGUUUUUGUUAUUAUAUACAUAUUCAUAAAAGAGUUUUAUAUACCUGCAUAAGUGUAUUAAGUUAGAAACACGUUGAUAUGAUAAAAAAAAAAAGAUGAUACGGAAUUUUUUAAUCGUAAUUUAUAAUAAAAAUAUUUUCAACACAUCAGUGAUACCAUAAACACGCGACUCAAUAGUUUACACAUUCUUUUAUAAAGAUAAUAUUAUAAAAAAAGUGUGAAUCGAAUAUUGUGACACAAACUAUUUGGCUUUACAUAUAUUUAGAAGAUUAUGUAUUUACUUAGAUUAUAAAAUUCGUCAUCAAUCAGCUGGUGCUUUUUUGGCGCUUGUUAUUAUUUUUGUUUUUUAUUUCGGCAUUAAAAUAUUUAUUUCAUGAUUUGUAAAUAUUUAUAAACAAAAUUUGACAAAACAAUUUUGUAUUACAUUGUGUUUGUUGAAAUUCAAAAUAGAGAAAUGGAUUUUUUGAUUGGGGGUGUAGCUGCAAUGUGUGCUGGUGUUUUUAGUAAUCCUUUUGAUGUAAUAAAAACCAGACAACAACUGCAAGGCGAACUACAACAGAAAGUUGGUGAUGGAACUACAAGACUAGCCUAUCGAAAUAUAUUUCAUUCGGUGAAAAAUAUUAUUAAAGCAGAAGGUUUAACUGGCUUACAGAAAGGAUUAGUACCAGCUUUAAGUUUUCAAUUUGUUAUGAAUAGUACACGUUUGGGAAUAUAUCAAACAGUAGAUAGUAUGUACUUAACAUCAUUUAAUCGUGAUGUUGAAAAUCGUUCUGGAAUUUUGUGUAUUUUCUGGGGUGGAGUAGCUGGUGUUGUAGGGGCAUAUUUAGGUUGUCCUUUUUAUUUAAUAAAAACACAAAUCCAAGCACAAUCACAAGCAUCUGGUAGAUAUGCUGUUGGCUAUCAACAUCACCAUCGUAACACAAUAGAUGGUUUAAAAAAUAUUUUUAAGCAACAUGGAAUUAGGGGAUUGUGGAGAGGAUAUUCUGGUCUUGUACCAAGAACAGCUGUAGCAUCAUCAGUACAAUUAUCUACAUUUUCAACUUGCAAGGAAUUUCUAAAUAAAUAUGAGGUAUUCUCAAAUUCAGUAUUUUUAAAUGCUUGUGCAUCUAGUAUGGUUAGUGGAUUUUUUACUGUUAUAUUUAUGACACCAUUUGAUGUAGUGGCUACACGAUUAUUUAAUCAAGGAGUCGAUAAAAAUGGGCGAGGCUUACUUUAUAAAAAUUUAUUUGACUGCUUUUGGAAAACUUUUCAAUAUGAGGGUGUUAAAGGUCUUUAUAAAGGACUAAUACCAAAUUAUUGGCGAACAGCUCCACAUACGAUAUUAAAUUUAACAUUUUGGGAACAAUUCAAAAAAUGGAAAGAUGUAUAUUUAUCGGAUGAAAGCAAAAUUUAUUUUGAAUAAUUUAUAUUUGUAUAUUUAUUUUAUUUAAAACAAGAA